ACAGCACGAGCGAGCUAGUGGCACUGGUCGCGGUGUCGUGCACGCUGUUCCUGUUCCUACACACGCGGGACCUGAGCACCAAGCUGCGCCGCAUGGAGGGCAAGCUGAACGACGACGUGACUGCCUUCAACCACCUCACUGACAGUAAGUAGUGUUACAGCACGAACGAGCUAGUGGCGCUGGUCGCGGUGUCGUGCACGCUGUUCCUGUUCCUACACACGCGGGACCUGAGCACCAAGCUGCGCCGCAUGGAGGGCAAGCUGAACGACGACGUGACUGCCUUCAACCACCUCACUGACAGGAUCGAAACGGGCCUAGCGGGGUAUGCGUCGGCGCAAGAGCACAAAGAGGCGCUCGAGGCUAUUCGCAGGCACACCGGCGCGGAGCGCAAAAAACCUCAGCGCACACUAGAAGCGGAGCCUGAAGAUGCUCAAGAAGAAAUGGAGCAGUAUUUAGAAGAGAUAGUUCCCGAGCCAUGGGAGUUGAACAAUACUGCGCGCGCCGGCAUGGAACUACUGUUCUUCAACCGCGUGCCGAAGGUCGGCAGCCAGACUUUCAUGGAGCUACUGCGCCGGCUGGCGGCAAGGAAUCAGUUCGGGUUCCACCGGGACGCGGUUCAGCGCGUGGAGACGAUCCGCCUGGCGCCGGCCGACCAACAGGUGCUCGCCAGCAUCGUCACGGCGCACGCACCGCCCGCCUCCUACAUCAAACACGUCUGCUAUACUAACUUCACCAGGUACGGUUACCCAUCUCCGAUCUACGUGAAUGUGGUACGGGACCCAGUGGAGCGCGUCAUCUCGUGGUACUACUAUGUGCGAGCGCCGUGGUACUACGUCGAGAGGAAACGCGCCUUCCCCGACCUGCCGCUACCAGAUCCUGCCUGGCUGAAGAAGGAUUUCGAGACGUGUGUGCUGAGCGGCGACCGCGAGUGCCGCUACGUGGAGGGCGAGACGCACGAGGGCAUCGGAGAUCACCGCCGGCAGACGCUCUUCUUUUGUGGGCACGAACCUCAGUGCACGCCAUUUAACAGCGUAGAGGCGCUGCAGCGCGCGAAGCGUGUCGUGGAGGAGCAGUAUGCUGUUGUCGGCGUGCUCGAAGAUAUGAACUCUACACUGUUGGCUCUCGAGCGAUACAUCCCGCGGUUCUUCAGCGGCGCGACUAAGCUGUAUUGGGAGGAACUAAACACAUUCAACCGCAUCAACCGCAACGCCUUCAAGCCGCCGGUCUCCGAGACCGUCAAGAACAUGGUCCGCGCCAACUUCACCCGCGAAAUAGAGUUCUACGAGUUCUGCAAACAGCGCCUCCACCUGCAACUCAAGGCGCUAAGGGAACCCGGAGUAACGCUGCCAGUGUCGCAGCGAGUCAAGCGGCGCGCGAUGAAGAGGUUCAGACGAGUGUAGCUGCUGUUAACUGGCCGGAACAAAAUACCUGAGAUUUGAGUGUUGAGCAUUUUUUGGGUACAACGUGAGGCCAAUGGACAUUGUGUUAGUUGUGAAACUGUUGAAAGCAGUACAAACGCUUAUAAGUGUAUCGAUGAGUAUGAAGUGUAUCGUUGUAGGUAGUCUUGUAGAGUACAUGUAUCUAUAUCUACAAGGUAGGUAGGCAAAUCGGAAA